AUGUCGCCAAUCCCAUGGAGUGAGGCUGCGACUGGGACAGUUUGGUGCCAGUCGGCUCCGCUUCAGUAUGACCCCAGGUGCAGAUGCUGCUGUUUUCUGGUCCAGCAGCUCUGCAAGCUGAGCACCGAGAAGGAUCAGCUGCUUCACGAGCUUCGCCGUAACAACCAUGCCCGGUGGGCCGAGACCGAGAUGCUGCAAAACGCGUGCAUCAGCCUGCACAGCGAGAACAUUGCGCUGUGGACUGAGAUUGAGCAGCGAGAUAGCGAGUGCAGCAAUCUCUUUUUUCAAAACAAUGCCCUUUGGACUGGCAGUGAGACGUGGCGCAACAAGUGCCGCAAUCUUCGCCGUGACAAAGAGAAGCUGAGUACAAAGUUACGCAUCCUGGAGGUGCAGGCGUUUCAGGCCAAGCAUUGCCCCGACAUGAAGUGUAUGGAACAGAGUGCAGAUGCCGAGUCGACUGAGCAGGUUCACAAUCCGGAUCUGUCCAGGUCAAAGGAGCAUGUGCUCCUUACUGCACCGCCUGGCAGCCCGAAGUUUCAACAAGACGAUCCCACCCGCGAGAUCGCCAAAAAGCGGAGACAAGAACAGGGAAGUGGUGCAUCUCUGAGUUCUGUGUCGACUUGCGACAGCGCCGCCCACGGCCCUCCAGAGGAGUUCCCUGAUGCUUCUCCUCAGGAAGAAUUGCCUGGAGCGCUCCGGGCAGACAUUGGCGAAGCUCACGAGGGAACGUCACGUGCAGUGGAGAGGCUUGACAAGAAGUGCGAUGGCGAAGCCUAUGAGCUGGAAUCUGUUGCCGAGAGGGAGCAGGCAGCCAUCGGUCUUUGCCACGCGCCCUGCGAAGCUCUGCACAGUAAAGAGGUGGGAAGCGGUGCGUCUUCGCCUACUGAGAGCACAUGCGACAGCGACGGCGACGGCUCUCCGCAGGAGCUUCCAGAGUCCGCCCCUCACCACGGAUGUGCUUGCGAGGCAUGCGAUUCCGAGACCGAGAUAAAAGACAAUGAGCAGCCAAGCAUCAAGGAAGAUUUGCCUGGAGCGCUCCGGGCAGACAAUUGCGAAGCUCACGAGGGGACGUCACGUGCAGUGGAGAGGCCUGAGAAGAAGCGGGAACGCGGAGCCUCAAGGGGCUCGUUUGCUGCAGACGAGACGGAUUCCAGCGCUGCGAAGGUGCAGGCCGUCGAUCCUUUUCAUCCGUCCUUCGAGGCUUUGCCUGUCUUGUUGCAUCAUCUCUCCGUCAAAGACAUGGUGGACUGGCGCGUGACAUCCCGGCAGACCCGGAGUCCUGAGGUCUUGCUGAAGCACUUGACCGAAGUUGGCAGGUUUGACACGUCCGCGUCCAUCCUCGCCUAUGCUGAUGCUCUGGACCGAGUCCAGGCCCUUCCCAACCCAUUGUUCUCCGAAGCCUUCGGCGACGAUGUCGCCUACCGGAAGCGCUUCCAAUGCCAGCAGUGGUGUGUUAUGCUGGCACGAGCUCCGACAACUCACUUUGCCGAAAGUCGUGUCCGUGACAUCGUGCUCGAAAACCUCCGUCACUCGUUUCAGUACUGCCUUGACCCAGAUAUCUCCGUGCGUGAAGCAGCACACGCAGUAGUUGUGAACCAUGCCAGCCGCGGUCUCGGCUUCGUGAACGAGUUGAUUGCAAAAGAGAUGCUCAGUCAGAUGAGAGACAUCUUGUCAACCAGUGGAGAAACAGAGCGGACCUGGGCUCACAUGUGGCUUUGCAUGCAACAUCUCGAAAAGCUCCUGCGAGCACUGACGAAGCCUCAGCGCCAGGAGUGGGUGUGCUUGUUGGUCAAACUCCUGCAUAGCCUUCAAACAGCUUCAGCUCCACUUGCCUGGGCUACGAACCAGACCAACGUGAUUGACGAUCUGAAGCUCCUGUUUCGUGCUGAUGACGAUCCGGAUCGAACUUACGCAGAUGCAGUGCAGCAACUGCGGGCCUUAAUCCGCCACCCGAGCUUCGAAGGCGCCAGGGACAACCUCUGCAGCCUUUUCGGGUGCUGA